AUGGUUUUCAACUUUCUCCCUUUCAACAUACUCUUCUUAUUUGUAUUGGGAACCUCAACAACUUUUGUAUACUCAUUUUCAAACAAUGUCACCGAUCAACAGGCUUUGCUUUCUUUCAAGUAUUCAAUAACAGAUGACCCCUCGGGUGUGCUAGACUCAUGGAAUAAUUCCAUCCACUUCUGUCAUUGGACAGGUGUUACAUGCAGCCGCAGAAGACCAAGGGUAACCGUACUCGACCUGUCAUCACUAAAUCUGGCUGGUACAUUGUCUCCGCAUAUAGGAAACCUGUCGUUUCUGAGGUCAAUUUUCCUCUAUCGAAACAAUUUUCAUGGCUGGAUUCCCAGUGAAAUUGGUCGACUGUGGCGGCUACAACAUAUUUCCCUGGGAAACAACUCUUUUCAAGGUGGAUUUCCUGCCAAUCUGCUGCACUGCAGAGAUAUCACAUACAUCGAUUUGGAUGGCAACGAUCUUGAAGGGAAACUACCCACUGAUUUUUCUUCUUGGUCUAAGCUUGAUAGUUUUGGUGUUACACACAAUCAUAUUGAUGGAUCCAUUCCACCUUCAAUAGGGAACAUAUCAUCUCUUCGUAAUCUUUUUCUAUCUGAUAAUAAUCUAGCUGGGGCGAUACCUCUGGAAGUGGCUUAUCUUUCAAAAUUAGAGUUUCUUCAAUUGUCAGCAAACAGGUUGUCGGGUAUGGUUCCCCUACCACUUUACAACAUUUCAACCCUCAUUAGUGUUAGUCUAGCCAAUAAUGUCUUAAAAGGAACUUUUCCAGCAGAUUUGGGCUUCACCCAGCUUCCUAGACUACGACAAUUCUCUGCUUCAAAUAACAUUUUUACAGGACCACUUCCACCUUCAAUAGCUAAUGCGUCCAAUCUUGUUAUCUUUGACAUGUCAAUUAACAAUAUUACUGGGCCUAUACCAAACAAUUUGGGCAGCCUUCCUAAUCUUGAAUGGCUAGGUCUGGGUCGUAAUACACUUGGAGAUACUCUGCGGCCUAAUGACUGGAGCUUUUUCAAUUCCUUGGUUAAUUGCACCCAUCUUAAGUCAUUGGUGUUAGCCCAGAGUAGUUUAACAGGGGAGCUCCCUAAGUCUGUUGCAAAUCUCUCCACCACUAUAGAAAACCUGUAUCUGCAUGGAAACCACAUAUACGGAAGCAUACCUCAUGAAAUCGGAAAACUUGUCAACAUGAUAAAUCUUCUGUUAGGAGACAACUUCUUAACGGGGAGCAUUCCACAGUCAAUCGGAAGACUAUCAAAGUUAGGCAGGCUAACAAUGAAUGGAAACAACAUUACAGGAGCAAUUCCAAAUUCCAUUAGUAACAUUACUAAUUUAGUGGUUAUCUAUUUGGAUGGGAAUGGGCUCCAAGGAAGCAUACCUACUGAAUUGUUUAACAUCUCAACUCUGGAGGUAGUGUCCAUUGCUAACAACCGACUUGGAGGCAAGAUACCUGAAGAAAUCGGGUUCUUUUCCCGUUGUCUUUUCCUUAAUUUGUCCCAAAAUUUAUUUAGCGGUGAAGUUCCAUCAAGUAUCGGAAACUUGAAACAUUUGAAUGGACUUGAUCUUUCUAGCAACAGACUAACAGGUGAUAUUCCUGCUACUUUGGGUGGUUGUGUGAUGCUGGAGGUGCUAAUCAUGGAUAAAAAUCUUUUUCGAGAUAGUAUUCCAUCUUCUUUCAAAGCUUUGAAGAGCCUUCUAUUUCUAGAUCUUUCGAACAAUAACAUCUCUGGGAGCAUUCCAAGCUUUUUUGAAGGGUUUCGUCUAAUCAAAUUUCUCAACUUGUCACACAACAAGCUUGAAGGUGAAGUUCCAAAAGAAGGUACAUUUUCAAAAGUUGAUGCUUUUUCGGUUCUUGGAAAUUUGGGGCUUUGCGGAGGUAUUCAAGCAUUGCACUUGCCUCCUUGUCAUGAAAAAGCCCCGAGGAACAAGAAAAAAGCAUUGGCCUUGAGAAUAAUACUAAUCCCCGUUCUUGUACCCCUUGGUAUGUUUUUAGCAUGUCUUGCCUUGAUUUAUUAUCGAGUUCGAAACUCCAAGAAGUUGAAUGACCUGGCCCCAGUUUUGAAGAAUGAUCAAUAUCCCAAACUUUCAUACCAAGACCUUCUACUAGCCACACAUGAAUUUUCUCCGAACAAUUUGCUUGGUGAAGGAAGAUACGGUUCAGUUUACAAAGGAGUUCUCGAAUCAGUGGAGCAUAUACUCGCUGUGAAGGUACUAAAUAUUGAACUACGUGGAGCCAACAAGGCUUUUUUGGCAGAGUGUGAAACAUUAAGGCACAUUCGUCAUCGUAAUCUUAUCAAGAUCAUCACAGCAUGCUCUAGCAGUGAUUAUAAAGGCAAUGACUUUAAAGCACUGGUUUUUGAGUUCAUGAGUAAUGGGAGUGUGGACAACUGGUUGCAUCCAAAUCCAUCCGAUCAAGGUAAUGAAAGAACCUUGACUCUAUUACAAAGAAUAAAUAUUUCCAUUGAUGUUGCAUUAGGAUUGGAUUACUUACACCAUCACAGUCAUACAAGUAUUAUUCAUUCUGACAUAAAGCCCAGCAACAUUCUUCUUGACAAUGAUUUUGUUGCUCAUAUUGGUGACUUUGGUUUGGCGAGAAUUUGCUUUGAUGCUACUACAAGUGACAUCAAUCAAGCACAAACGAGUUCAACUGGUGUACGUGGAACAAUCGGAUAUGUGCCUCCAGAGUACGGAAUGGGUGCUGAGAUAUCUACAGAGGGAGAUGUAUAUAGCUACGGAAUCUUUCUGCUAGAAAUGUUUUCGGGAAAACGACCAACAUGUAGCAGCGCAUUGCUGGACAAUGAUAAUAAUCUUCAUGACUAUGUGAGGAAUGCACUCCCACAAAGAGUUAUGAACAUUGUGGAUCCACAGAUCAUAACAGAUGAAGAAGAUCAUGGUUUAACAACAAAUCAUUCAUACAGCAAGGCUACCUUAGAGGUAUGCCUGACAUCAAUAUUUCAAGUGGGGAUACUAUGUUCAGUUGAAAUGCCCAAAGAGCGCAUCGACAUUAGUGUUGCUAUUAAGCAGCUACAUGCAGCAAGAGACAAACUUUUGCAGCACAUCCAGUGA